AUGAUGGUCAACUGUGGUCCUGAAGAGGAACAAGAUGAUGUUUCUGGUGUGAAAACGACGCGGGAGGCGAGACGAUUAGCGCUCGACCGCAAGACGGCGGCGGUGGCGUUGACCAGCGGGUCGUGGGGGGAAGGCGGCCGGCGGCCGCGUCACGUGUCGCGGUGCAGCAGCCAGCGGCAGCGGUGCAGCGGAUCGUUACCGUGUGGAGCGGAGCGCGCUGACUGUUUGAAUGGCGGAGAGGCGCGGCGGACAGAGAGGGAAAAAGACGGCGCGAGGGAGCGCGAGAGCGACAGCGCGAGGCGGCGGAGGAAGGGACGGGGCCGGCCAGACGGACGCGUGGGCGGCAAAGCGGAGCAGGCAGAGGCAGAGGCCGAGGCAGAGGUGCAGACAGCGCGCGCCGCGGACAAAGGGGGCAACAGCGCCGGUUCCACUGCCGCGCCGGCUGCGGCUGCCUCUGGAGGCCUCGCACGAACAGGUGGAAGCGAGAACGGGCGUUAA